AUGACUGUGAAGCUACCUGAUAGUCAACUAAAAAUGAGGUCGAUGAGAAUAAUAUUAAUCGAUACUAAUGAAAUCAUUACAAAAUUAUGGCAAACAUAUAUCCCGCAGGCUGUCCCUAGGGAUGACAAAUUAUUAUGCAUACACACUGGCCAUCUUGAGAGUCUAAUGACUAACAUACGAAAAGGAACCGAUAAGCAUUCAGGGAGAACAUAUGCUAUUGUUUCUCCUGGCAAUUCCUUCGGAUAUCUGGGAGGUGGAUUUGAUUUUGCAUUAUACAAUUAUUUUGGGGGCAAACCAUUCGAGAAGUGGUUCCGAAAUCAAUUAGGCGGUAGAUAUCAUACUGUCGGUUCAGCCACAGUGGUGGAUCUGUCGCUUUGUAAUGAAGAAGAAACUUUGCGGAAGAGAGAUGGAAUAAGAUACAUAAUACAUUGUCCGACAGUAGUGGCACCCGUACGCCCCAUAUUUGAUCCCAAUAACCCCAUUAAAACUGGUAUUGAACCUGUGUUCAAUGCAAUGUGGAAUGCCUUGAUGCAUGCACCAAAUGGAAUUGAUGGAUUAAUUAUCCCUGGACUUUGUACAGGUUAUGCCGGUGUCCCUCCUACCAUAAGCUGCAAGAGUAUGGCUUUUGCUCUUCGCUUGUAUAUUUUGGGGGAUCUGAUAUCUAAAGAGCUGAGGAAUGUAUUGACCAUGUUCUACUUAGGAUAUCCAUUUGGACCAUUCUUUACAGAUGAAUGCAAAGAAGAAUGCCAAAAACUCAAAUUGGAUAUGAAUCAAUUAAGGAAGUUUGACGUUACUGUUGAUUCUAUCGAAUCGAUUCUCCCGAGUAACUUAGAGCAAUUACAAUUUCAGUCAAUUAAAAAAGCAAACGCAGAUAUGAAAAGUCUAUAA